AUGCUAUUUACUGAAGAGGAGUUGAACACUCAUAGUGUACGAGGUGGGAAAUCUAACAAAGUAAAAGUGGAAGUACAAAAACCAGCUUUGGAUCCAACUCGUCUCUUAGCGCUUAAAAGAAAAGAAAACAAAAAAAAAAUAAGCAACAAUGAGGGAUGCAACAAAGAAAAUAAAGAUGAAAAUGAAGAGGAAUAUGAGGAAGAAAAUGAAGAACAGGAUGAAGAAGAGGAUGAAGAAGAGAAGGAAAAAGAGGAUGGAGAAGAGUAUGAUGAAGAGGAAAAAAGUAGUGACGGAGAAAAAAAAUAA